AUGUCGGGCAGAGGGUCUCCUGCCCUGGAGAGGAGCAGCAGCAGCCGCCAGACAGUCAAGGCGAAGGCCACGGUGCAGCAGCUCUCCAACAGCAUCAGUGUCCAGGGCGUCUCCUACAGCAUCAGAGAACGUGUUGGCCCAUGGUGGAACAUAUCUUUAUAUCGUAAAAAAUGGACACGGCAAAUACUUAAGGAUGUUUCAUUUCACAUAGAGAGUGGACAGAUUAUGGGGAUUUUGGGAAAUUCUGGAUCUGGGAAAACAACACUUCUGGAUGCAAUAUCAGGAAGACUGGGACAUAAAGACAACUUUUCUGGUGAAGUGUACGUGAAUGGGCAUCAGCUGAAGAAGGAACAGUUUAGAGAUUGCUUCUCCUAUGUGCCACAGAGUGACACUUUGUUAAGCUUCCUCACCAUACAAGAGUCUCUGACCUACACUGCUUUACUAACUCUUCAGAAAUGCUCCAAUGACUUCAUCAAAAAGAAGGUCGAUGCAGUUAUGGCUGAGCUGAGUCUCAGCCACAUUGCUGACAAAAUAAUAGGCAGCCGUACGUUUGCAGGAAUUUCUGGGGGUGAGAGGCGCCGUGUCUCCAUUGCAGCCCAGCUGUUACAGGAUCCCAAGGUCAUGCUCCUUGAUGAACCAACAACAGGGCUGGACUGCCUGACUGCAAACCAGAUUGUCUCACUUCUCUCAGAGCUUGCACACAGGGACAGGAUUGUAAUUAUUACAAUUCAUCAGCCUCGCUCAGAACUCUUCAGGCUAUUUGACAAAAUAGCCAUCAUGAGCUUUGGUGAAAUGGUUUUCUGUGGGAACCCUAUGGAAAUGAUCACCUUUUUUAGUGACUGUGGCUACUCUUGUCCUGAACAAUCAAAUCCUUUUGAUUUCUAUGUGGAUUUGACAUCUGUGGACACCCGAAGCAAGGAACGUGAACUCGAAACCUACAGUAGGGUUCAGGUAAUUGUAUCAGCCUACAAAAAAUCAGAAAUCUUCAGCAACGUACUGGCAGCCAUUGAGAGAACAAAGUGUAUGAAAGAUUUGCCACCAAUACCAUUCAAAAACAAAGACUCGCCCAGUGCCUUUUACAAAUCGUGGAUUCUUUUACGGAGGACAACAAGAAACUUCUCCAGAGAUAAGAUAGGCAUCAUCAUGCGUCUCCUCCAGAAUGUGCUAUUUGGCUCGUUUGUAGCCUUUUUCCUUCUGAGGCUAAGGAAUGAUCUGGUAAAAGGAGCCGUGCAGGACCGUGUGGGGCUUAUCUACCAGUGCGUGAGUGCCCCCCCCUACACAGGGAUGCUCAAUGCUGUGGCCCUUUUCCCACCUUUGCGUGCUAUCAGUGACCAAGAAAGUAAAGAUGGCUUGUACAAGAAGUGGCAAAUGCUUUUAGCCUACAUAGUACAUUUCCUGCCCUUCAGUGUCAUCAGCGUGGCAAUCUUCAGCACCUUUAUAUACUGGACUACAGGGAUGUAUCCUGAUGCUUCCAGAUUUGGAGUCUUCUUUGCUGCUGUCUUAGCAUCUCAUAUAAUUGGUGAACUGCUGACGCUUGUUAUACUGGGAGUAGUUCAAAACCCAAAUAUAGUCCAAAGUGGAGUGGUGCUGCUCAAUUCGGCUGGCGUGAUUGUGGGAACUGGACUAGUAAGGACCAUCGAAGAAAUGCCAAAGCCUUUAAAAAUACUCAGUUAUUUUACCUUCCAAAAAUACAGCAGUGAAGUUCUUGUAGUCAAUGAAUUUUAUGGCCUAAACUUCACAUGUG